UCAAAUAAAGGGAAACUUACUAGUCGGGAGAGCCGUGCCAGCGGUUUGCUACUUAAACGAGCACUACUCUGCUCAGACGUACAGGAAACGUUUAACGACUCGCAGAGAAAAAGACGUAAAAAUUACUCUAGCUGUUUACUCGCCAGGGGAGGUAAGUGCAGAUCAGAAUUCUACGGUGAGACAUAGCUAUGACAACUAUUCCAUCCUUUGUAGGGUUUAUAGGCGAUACCAGUACAAGCCUAUUCAGUGCUUGUUCGAGUACGGAAACGGUUGCAAGUGGAAAUGCGCCAUUGUCUUGUGGAGAUAGCACACGAUGUGUUACGAACCCAGUGUUUUCGUUCAUAACCGGCUCCAGUCAGACCUGUCUCUGUCCGCUUACGUCCUAUCCCCUGGCGAAUGGAACGUGCCAGAGCAUUUCCGGUUCGACCUGCCAGGCGGACUUAGACUGCAAUACGAAGACAUUUGACUGCGUUGGAAUAAACGGGAUGGGAAUGGACACUGCCUUAUUGGACUUCCUGACGCCUAUCGUGUUGUUUCUGUGUCAGCUGGCGCUGGAAUACAACUUCCAAGUCCCGAUUUGGGCGUGUACGGAAAGCCAGUGCAAUCUCGUGGGGACUGGAACGCCGUCGAUAAUUCCUGUGACCGUGGCGGUGCCGGAGGCGGAGCAGGAGAGACGAAAACGGGAAGUCAACGAAGCACAUGGAGCAGUUGAAGAAGACCUCGGAACCCGAAUUAUGGCGUCUCUAUCUAGGAAAACGAGAAGCGAAACCGAAAGUGUUGUUGGCUCGGAGUUCUCCGUGGAUGAGACCAAAUCGAGGCAAAAACGUGCCCCCCUACCUGUGGCAUGCUCACCCAAUCUCCUUGUGUGGGAUAAAGUAUUAUCCUUUUUCUUGGGAAGCCAGACAAGUCCGUUCCAAUAUAACUGUGAUCCUGUGGUUGUGUCAAAAUGA